UCAGACCGCAGCACACGGACAUUGAGCACCCCCAGCCCUGGCCUCAUCCUGCCCCCAAAGUCCCCCUCCCUCUCCUCCCCAGCCCUAUCCAUCAAUGGCCAUGAGUCCACCUCCCCCUCUGGCUCUGCAGAGACCGUAGCCAUGGUGCACCCCCAGCCAGGCACCCAGACCCGUUCCCGCCAAUCUAAAGGUCACCACUACGCCCCCAUCGACCUCCUCCCUGAUCAUGUCCUUCUGCAGAUCCUCUCUCACCUGCCCACCAAUCAGCUGUGCUGCUGUGCACGGGUGUGCCGGCGCUGGUACAACAUGGCGUGGGACCCGCGCCUGUGGAGCACCGUGCGUCUGACAGGCGAGCUGCUCCAUGCCGACCGUGCCCUGAGGGUGCUGACCCACCGGCUGUGUCAGGACACCCCCAACGUGUGUCUGACCCUGGAGACAGUGGUGGCCAGCGGCUGCCGGAGGCUCACUGACCGGGGGCUGCAUGUGGUGGCUCAGUGCUGCCCGGAGCUGCGCCGACUAGAGGUGGCCGGCUGCUACAACAUCUCCAACGAGGCCGUGUUCGAGGUGGUUUCCCGUUGCCCCAACCUGGAGCACCUCAACGUCUCAGGUAACAAUGGGAGGUUGGGGACCCGUUCAGUUCAGAAGUGGUUGGAGACUGAAUGAGUGAUGAAUCAUCUUUUAUGCAAAUGCUUCACACAUGUUCCUAUUGUUUUUCACAUCGUAUACCAGAGGAAUGCCCAGUUUCCUGCGGUUAUUAUAGGGGUCGUUAUUGAUUUACAGUGGCAUUUGUGUCCCUUGCCUUUGCAACCAUGAAAAAUACUUUAACAUGUUUAACAUGUUUUUGUUUUUAUUGAACUGUUUAUGAAUGAUAAUACAUAAUCCAAGUCCUUUAUACUGCAAAACUUUGCUUGUCCCAGAAGUGAUGUUUUGAGUUGUAGUGACAUGUUUUGGGGAUUUUGAGAUAUCUAUUUAUUAUUUUGAAUGGUAGAAUGUGAACAAAAGUAUUUAAUAUAUUGUAUAGAUCAAUAAAAACAAAGAAGGCUAUUAAGAUUUUUUAAAAUAUACUAGUAUAAUUUGUGUCCCUCAGUUUUAUGUCAUUGUUGUUAUCGCCAUGAAAAUCACUCAUUACAAAGUUAUACAAGGACCUUGAGCAUUCUUUCCAGUGGCAAACUGUUAUCGGGGGAGGGGUCUAAAGACAAUUGCUAGCUAAUCACUAAUUUAGUAUCUCAUAAAUUUGAGGAUUCCGUUGAUAAUUUGGUGUCUAAAUCCAAAAUGUCACUUGGUGUUACUCAAUUUAAAUGAAGGGAAAUAACAUUGUGAGCAAAAUUGUUAACCAUAUCACUUUAGUAAAUACUUUUUAAAGGAUUGAUGACCUUAGAUUUGAGCCAUUUCAGAAAAUCCUAUUUUAUCUAAAAUGUCUCAUUAGUGUUACCAUGAUUGGUGUUACUACUCCUACUGGUGGCACAACGUUAUCAUAAUGCAGUGCUUCUCAAUUAUUUUCUGUUACGCCCCCCCUAGGAAGAAGUAAACAUUUCGCGCCCCCCAACUUUCCGCCGCGACUGUAAAUAGUAUAAUUUGUCUAUAAAAUUGUUAUAAGUACACCUCUGCAUAACAUUGUAUCCUUAUUAACAUUAAAGAAAACAAAAAAAGAAUAAAGAAAGAAAUAUAGAUCAACUUACAACAAAGAAUAACUUUAUUAACAUUGUUUUUUAGUCUGUAACAGAAAAUACUUAAUGAGGAAGUCAGGAUUAAUGGCUACAAUGAGCACGUUUUGCAGUGCACAGCUUUUCGAAACGGGGUUUGAAGCAUGAUACUGCAACUCUCAGCUCCUGCUCAAUGUUUAGCUGGGACCUGUACUUGGUCUUCAGUGCAGCAACAGCAGAGAAGCCAGUCUCACAAAGAUAAGAUGUUUCAAAAGGAAGAAGAAUGCCCAUGGCCCUCUGCCCUAAGAGUGGAUACUGCCUCUCUACACUCAGCCAGAAUUCACUCAUUCUGUGAUGUGUGAACCUCAGUCUCAAUGUGGAGUCAGACGUCAUAUCAAUAAACUGGUCCUCCUCUGCAGAGCUGAAACCAAUUGGAGCUGGUGCAUUGAAAGGAUCUCUCACCCAGUCAUAUUGGGAACUGUUUUCAGGGAAGUACUUUUUAAAGAAUCCCAUCAGUGAUGAAAUAUGCUCUUUAAUAUAUGGAAUCACUGAGGUAGCAUCAUAGUCAGUAGUGUCAACAAAUUCAUGCAGGUUCUCGAAUCAAUCAGUAUUUCCUUCAUCAAGUCGCCUGCCCCACAUUGCAAGCUUUCGAGUGAAAGAGCUGAUCUUGUCUGUGACCUGAGGGAGGUGUUUAUCUUUCCCUUGAAGCUGUAGAUUUAGUUCAUUUAGCUUUCCAAAUAUGUCACUCAGGUAGGCCAGUUUUGCCAGGAAGUUCUCAUCACUAAAUUUUUCUGCGAGGUCAUACUUGUGCUCCUGCUCCGAAAACAUUCUUAUCUGCUCUCUGAGCUCAAAAACUCGGGACAAGACUUUUCCUCGUGACAGCCACGUUGCUUCACUGUGAAACAGCACAGCUUGAUGUUCAGCUCCCAUCUCCUCACAGAUAGCAGAGAAGACUCUUGUUUUUAGUGGUCUGGUCUUUAUAAAAUUGACUACACCUACAAUGUCAGUCAUAACCUCACUUAAUUCAGAGGAAAGGUGCCUUGAUGCCAGUGCUUCUCUGUGUAUAACACAGUGUGUCCACUCAGCAUUAGGUGAGGCCUUCUUGAUGUGUGCCCAAAGUCCUUUUCUCAUCCCUGCCAUGGUCUGUGCACCAUCACUGCAAACACCAAUGCAGUUCUCCCACUUUAGCCCAUUCUCAGUCAGGAAGCAGUCCAGCAUUUUGAAUAGCUCUUCAGCUGUGGCUCUGUCUCUGACAUAUUUACAAAAAAGUAGAUCCUCACACAGGGAGUUUGUCAUGUCAAAACGUACAUAAGCGAUAAACAAACAGUCUUUGUUGCUGUCAGUUGCUUCAUCGAACUGUAAGGCAAAACUUUUGUCUUUGAGUUUAUCUACCAGCUGUUCUUUAAGAUCGUUAGCAAUGUCAUUUAUACACGUCUAGCGACAGUGUCAUUGGACAGAGGGAUAGUUUUUAUUUUUGCAGCACUUGCGUCAUCCAGCAUGACAGAGACCAUGUCUAAUGCUGCAGGCAGUAUCAGCUCCUCUGCUAUGGAGUUUUUUUGUUUGUUGCACUGAGCAAUUUGGUACGCCACCUUAUAUGAUGCUAACAGUGCUCGCUGGUUUACUGAAGUAGCAUUCACAAAGCGGGACGAUUGUUGGCAAUAUUCGGCACGUUUUCGCUGAAAAAACUCAAGUGGCUUAUCAGCGUGAUUGGGGUGUAAUGUCUUUAAGUGACGCCUUAAUUCAUUUGGCUUCAUGCUGUCCGCUGCCAACAUUUUUAGACACAGUAAACAUACCGGUCUUUCCUCUUCUCCCACCGUAGUCACAGUGAAGCCAAGCGGUACAUACGCUUCGUCAUAUUUCCUCGUCUUAGCUUUCGGGAGACUUACGUUUGUCUCAUUAUCUCCGUCUCUCUCCGCAUUUCUUUUCAUCCCUGUUAAAUAUGUUUCCAUGGUGUCUCUUAAGGGUUUGUUAUCUGCACUUCAUAUCUCCUGCUCUGUGCUUUGUGCUCUUGUUCGGUGCAAAAAAAAAACUACUCCCUGCGGCAAAAAAAAGCAUGUUUCCCGGGGUCACGUCAGGGGGGCGCGUCCCACUAUUUGAGAAGGACUGUCAUAAUGCAAUUUUUGUUAUUUAAAGUAAUUGUCGGCCUGCAAUGGAAUUUAAUGAAUGCCCAUCCAUGUGGUAGGCAUAUCGUUUGUAAAACAGGCAGUUGCAUUUGCUUUAUUAGUCCUGAUUCCUGUGACUAUUCAAUUUGACUGAUUAAGCUCUGCAUCAGCUACCAAACUUUAUCAGGAGUUAUCCUGAGCCUAUUUGCAAUGAGAUUCCAUGUGUUUACACAGCGGAAAUGCAGAAGUAUUUUGUUUUUCGCUAUGAUGCAGCUCGUCAAAAAUGUACAAAUACCACUUAUUAUCAUGACAAUUUAGCCCACGGGGUGAAACUUCCGGACAGCAGUUCUGAGUAGCUUGAUUUUCCAUUCCAUAUUGUACAUUUUACUUUUACCUGUCCUGUUUUAGGAUAUAUUGUUUGUUAACAUGUCAUAUUCACAUCGAAUAACAUUUUUUAUUAGAUUGGGCACUAGGUUAGGCUAUUUCAGUGGUCACCAACCGGUCGAUUGCGAUCGUGAUUUUGAUCACCAAACAUUUCUGUAGAAAAGCCAACAAUAAAUGCUUGUGCGCCUUUUUAUUUAUUUAUUAGUGCAGCGCUGUUGGCGGUAGGUGCUCUUGACUCAGAAGCCCUGCCCACCGGGUAGGCAAAGUGUUCCCAUUUUGAACCAUUUAAUUGGUCUGAAAAUACAAACUCCACCUACCGGGCAGACCAGGAGAUCUGUGGCUAAAUUGAAUGCGCCUACUGCUUUGUCAAUUCGGAUAGCUCACAUCACCAUGCCUUGAGCUUCUACGACCCCGGCCACAGCAAAGUUUGAUACUAGCCUAUGUAAGAUUUAAUAACUUUUUAAACCAUGACCAGAGAGAGACUGUCAAAGAAUACAGCAAAUAACUGCUGUUUUGAGUGAGUUCAUGUCUAAGUUUUAAUUCAGCACUGUCAACACUGUUUUUAUUCAACACUAUUACAAAACAUAAAACGCGCUUCUCCCUACUUCCACUAGCGCUGCAACUGCAAUGAAUGAGUAGCUAAGUGUAGGCUAUCGAUAGCCCUGUGUUUUUAUUAUUAUUAGCAUUUCGUCGUCUCUAUUUUAAUAUCAAGGAAUAUUUCACUUUCUCUGGUCAUAGGAACAACAUGAAUUUGUACAUGAGGCUGAUGCGGUGCAACUCGAGUUUCGCCAUUAGGUGGAAGACGGUGUCCCCUCUCUCUGGUCAGUCUCACCAGAGGAAAGGAAGGAGAGAGCAGAGACCGUGAGAGGCGGACCCUCUGCUUCUCUCUCCUUCCCUCCGCUGAGACUAAUGCCGUGUUCGAAACAACUCGGAACUCUCUGACUUCCGAAUUCAGUGCAUUCAAGACAACUGGGAACUCGGAAAAAACGAGAUCUGACUGGGAAAAAUGUUUUUAACGGUCAUCCAACUUGGAAUUCCAAGUCAGAAACUCAGGCAUCUUUCUAGAGCUCCGACUUUCCGACCUGAAGAUCACUGACGUCAUGAUUUGACCUCAAAUUUUUAUUUUCCCAAUUGUCUUGAAAGAACCAUGACCAUCAGAUGCAGGUAGCAUCAGUCCAGUAAAAUAAAAAAGCAAAUUAUUUCAAUUUAUGCUGAGCUGUGCCUCGCAAGUGCUACACCAACUGAUCUAUUUUGUUAUAAAAGCUUGAGUUUUGAAAUAUAACAUGGUCUGAGAAUAACAAUAUUGGCAGGCCAGGCCUACUGCACAAACCUCAUUCCUACAGAACUGUUUUUAUUAAGUUAAUGUUACAUUUUUUUAGUCAUGUUUAAAAUAAUAUCUGAGUGGUAGAUCUCGGCUUGCUUUGACUGCGAAAGGGAUCUUGUCUCAGAAAAGGUUGGUGACCACUGGGCUAUUUGAUCGAAGAAAUGUGCAGGAUGUAAAACGUGUCUGUCUCAUGACAUUGCCAUAAAUGUAAUCUCCAGCCUGUAGGCUACAGAAAAUGCCACAACUCUUUAUAUUGUAGGCUAUAGGCUACAUGCUUUAUGUUGGAUCAUUUCUUGAUGGAAAGUUGGUGUAGCGCCACAGCGGUGUGUCUCACCAACAGCACCCUGGAGAGGCGCACUGGGCAUGGACAAGCUAAAUAUUUUGUGCCCCUACCAUUGACAAAGUGGGCACUGCAUAUCAUGGGGCGGCAUCAGCGCUCACCUAAAUAGCCCAUAUGCCACUGGGUGAGAAACAUUAUCAUUGUUUUUGAGCAGAAUUAUGUGAGGUAUUAUGUGUUGUUGGAGGUGCGUCUUGGUAAGUUUAGCUCGGAAAAUGCCGCCCUUGUCAAUCUGCAGCCCUAGGCAGCUGCCUAAUCUUGCCUAAUGUGCAGGCUAGCCCUGCAUCACACACAUCUGUGAACUUUCCUUAAAGAUAAAUUCAUUUCAGUCCUGCUUUUCUCCCAAAGCUGGGAAAAACAUUAAAGGAGUAUGGAAGCUCUUCCAGCCAUCAGGUCCCUAGUGGGAGAGAAAAGACCUACUUAGCUUUGAAAGCUGGACUCCUUUACCUCAACAGGAGUAAGAAGGUUAGUCUGGUGCUUUCAUUAAGGAAGUGGCACAACAACAAAAAACAUUGACUUUGACUAGGCUUUGGUGACAAAGAGGAAGUAAAGUCUUUGUUGUAAAAGUAGGCUUGAAUGGUUGUGGUUGUAGGAAUAAUGAAAUGAAGAUGUAUUUAUUUUGCUGGAAAAUAUUGGUCCCCUGACAAAUGUAUUGUUAUUUGCAUUCUGAAUUUGGUCAUAUCUUUCAAGAAUUACAGUUAGGCAAUAUAGCAGGUUCUACUUUGGCACCCUCAAGUGGCUUUUUCUCACAUAGCUGCAACUUUACUACAAUGAAUAAGGAAAUCACGUAUCCUAUACUAAGAGAGAAUGGUCAGACAACAAAAUAUGUAAAUUGCUUGAAGUUAUAGACCAAGACCGGUUAUGAUUACAUGGCUUUUGUUGUCAUUCAUGAGGUAAUCAUUGCUAUCUUUGUCAUAAGCCAUACCCCUCCUGUUCCUCCAGGCUGUUCCAAGGUGACCUGCAUCAGCCUCACCCAGGAGGCUUCAGUCCAGCUCUCUCCACUGCAUGGCCAGCAGAUCUCCAUCCACUACCUGGACAUGACUGACUGUUUUUCCCUGGAGGACCAGGGCCUCCGCACCAUUGCCUCCCACUGCCCCCGCCUCACACACCUCUACCUGCGGCGCUGUACACGUCUCACUGACGAAGCCCUGCGCCACCUGGCUCUGCACUGCCCCUCCGUCAGGGAGCUCAGCCUCAGCGACUGCCGCCUGGUGGGGGACUUCGGCCUGCGCGAGGUGGCCCGCCUGGAGGGCUGCCUGCGCUACCUGAGUGUGGCCCACUGCGGCCGCAUCACUGACGUGGGGGUGCGCUAUGUGGCUCGCUACUGCCCGCGGCUCCGCUACCUGAACGCGCGGGGAUGCGAGGGCCUCACGGACCACGGCCUGGGCCACUUGGCCAGGAGCUGCCCCAAGCUCAAGUCCCUGGACGUAGGAAAGUGCCCGUUGGUGUCAGACAGCGGGCUGGAGCAGCUGGCACUGUAUUGCCAGGGCCUGAGGAGGCUGAGCCUGAGGGCGUGCGAGAGCGUGACGGGUCGAGGGCUACGGGCCAUAGCCGCAAACUGCUGCGAGUUGCAGCUGCUCAACGUACAGGACUGUGAGGUGUCGCCAGAGGCACUGCGAUUCGUUAGGCGCCACUGCAGACGCUGCGUCAUAGAGCACACGAACCCCGGGUUCUUC